AUGAAAAGUUUCUUCACACGUAGGACCGACAGCCAACCGCGGCCCAGUAAACCUUCAAGCUCCAGGGACUCAUAUAAAUUCUGGGUUCCUCAACCGAGGAACGACUCUGAAGACGAACGCCCCAAGGCCGUCGUCGACCGUCUAGACCAGCCGCCCGUCAAUGUACGCAAACACAACGACAAGCAUGCGUCCAAGACCACCCGCAAACAGCUCGUCGGCCUCGAUGAAAACACCAGGAUCCUUCCUCCACCUCCACCGGGUACUGCGCAUUCACACAACUCGCAUCGUGGCCUGGACAGAGCUGUUGAGCCCUUCCUGCGACACAUGCACGCCCAGGUUGGGUCGGUUGCGCCGUCCAACACCUACCCUCGAAGUUCCCAGCGUCCUCAGUACCACGGAACGGAGGAUACAGCACCGAUCCCUUCCUCACGCCCAGACAAUGUCAGAGCACCUUCUAGAGCCGCUUCGCAUUCCGCAACUCAAAUUAUGGACGUACAGAGAGGCUACUACAUGGACUAUGCGACCAAACACACUGACAAGUCUGCGGCAAGAGUCAAGCUGAAGGAAUCCAGCUAUCUACGUUCUAAGAACUACGACGAAACACAACACCGUUCUGGGUCUACGGCCAAAUCGGAAGAUGAACGACGAGAGAAAGAGCGGGACACAAGAGGGUGGUUAAGAUUCAGGAGGGAUCGAGACAAGUCGAGAGCUAGGGAAAGGGAGAGGGAAGGGGAUAGAGAGCGUGAACGCAAAGAACGAGAGAGAGAGAGAGCGUUGGAUUCGGACAGAGAGAAGGAAAUUCGGGAAAGGGAACGGGGGAAGGAGUUACCCCGGUCGCGGAACGAGGGGGAAGCUAGGGAACCGCGCACGAGACAUGGAGACCAGGAACAUAACCUCAACAACGGUGACACAGACCGCGAUCGAUAUCGACGCGACAGAGAUAGAGAAGCACGGGAAGCAGAGAGACAAGAGUCUGAGCGGAGGAAGUUGGAACAAGAGUUUCUGGAUCGCCGCAAACUAGAGAAGGAGUAUCGGCGGCAGGAGAAAGAACGCUUGCGCCGUGAAAGCGAACGCAGAAACGAGGGGGAAGAAUCGGCGCGCCGACAACGCGAGAAGGAGGACUAUGAGCGGAGAAAGGAAUCAGAACUGGAGGAGAAGAGGAAACGAGAAGAAGCGGAGCGGAGGCGGAGAGAGGACGAGGAAAGGCGGCGGAGGGAGAAAGAGGAAUUGGAACUCCAGUGGAAGCGCGAUAAAGAAGAAGCCGAGCGUAAAUGGCGUGAUGAGCAAGACAGACGCAGACAACAGAAGGACGAAGAGCGCAGGCAGAAAGAAUUGGAGGAUCAGAGGCGAGCGAAGGAAGAACGUGACCGGAAGGAAAGAGAAGAGGCUGAAAGAAGGUGGAGAGAAGAACAACGUCGGUUGCAAGAGAAAGAGGAACUUGAGCGCAAGCAAAAGGAGGAGCAUGAAUUCAGGCGCAAGUGGGAGGAGUACGAACGCCAGAAGAGGGAAGAGAAAGAACAGCAAGAAAGAGAAGAGGCAGCCCGGCGACUGUUUGAGAAGGAGGAAUAUGAACGCAAAGAACGAGAGGAAUACGCACGUAGGCAGGCAGAGCUCAACAGAAACAACAGAAGACUGAAGGAGGAUGAGCGUAGGCUGAAAGAACAGCAAGAACGCAAACAGCGCCAGGAGCAGGAACGCAGGCAACGAGAGGAACUGGAGCGCAGGCAGAGAGAAGAACUGGAGCGCAGGCAACGAGAGGAGCAGGAACGCAGGCAGCGAGAGGAGCAGGAGCGCAGGCAACGAGAGGAGCAGGAACGCAGGCAGCGAGAGGAGCAGGAGCGCAGGCACCGAGAGGAGCAGGAACGCAGGCAACGAGAGGAGCAGGAACGCAGGCAACGAGAGGAGCAGGAGCGCAGGCAACGAGAGGAGCAGGAGCGCAGGCAACGAGAGGAGCAGGAGCGCAGGCAACGAGAGGAGCAGGAGCGCAGGCAGAGAGAGGAGCAGGAGCGCAGGCAGAGAGAGGAGCAGGAGCGCAAGCAGAGGGAAGAGCGCGAACGGUACCUGAGAGAGGAGGCCGAACGAAAGCAAAAAGAGAGGGAGGAGAUUGAACGACGGUAUAGGGAAGAGCUGGAGCGAGCACAAAGGGAGGAGUCUGCGCGCCGGGAACAGGAAGAACGGGAACGCAAGGAAAAGGAGGAAGUCGAGCGGAGGCAGAGAGAAGAACAGGAGCGUAGACGGAAAGAGGAACUUGAGCGCAAAGAAAAGGAGGAACUUGAUCGGAGACAGAAAGAGGAAGCGGAGAAGAAGUCGCGAGAGGAGCACGAACGCAGGCGCAGGGAGGAGGAAGAGAGGAAGCAGAGGGAAGAGGCAGAGAAAAGGCAAAGGGAGGAGCGCGAACGCAGGCUUAGGGAAGAGAUGGAAAAAAAGCAGAGGGAGGAAUUGGAACGAAAGCAGAGGGAAGAGGCAGAGAAAAGGCAAAGGGAGGAGCAGGAACGUAGGCAGAAAGAAGAGACCGAGAGGCGGCAAAAGGAAGAAUAUGACCGUCGGCAGAGGGAAGAGGCGGAGAAGAGACAAAAAGAGCUGGAACGUAGUCAGAGGGAAGAGUCCGAGCGGGAAGAAAGGGAAGCAGAGAGGAGACAGAGAGAAGAAUAUGCGAGAAGGCAGAGAGAGGAGGCCGAGCGAAGGUGGAUAGAAGAAGAGCAGAAACGAGAAAGAGAGGAACGUGAUCGUAAACUGGAAGACGAAAGACGGCGGCAAGAGGCAGAGCGAACACGGAGGGAACUGGAACGGCUGAAGGAGGGGGAAGAACGAAAGAAGGUCGAAGUGGAAGUUGAUGUCAGAAAGGAGAAGCAAUUAGAGCAAGAGCGGAAACAGAAGGAGUUGCAGCAGGAAUGGGAACGUAGACGGCGAGAGGCGACGCAACGACGCUACGAACAGGAAUACACAAUGAAGUUACAGCAAGAAAAGGACCGUCAACAUCGGCCGCAGCAUCGACCGCCUGAAUUACAUGGGCACAGAUCCCAGUCCCAUCCUCCUCAACCUUCCGAACGAAAUGGACAGCCAGGAGAACAGCCGGCCUGGGAGCCACAGGGCCAUAUCCAAAACGUGGAUCGAGGACCUCAGGUUCACCACGAGCAUGCAUCACAGCGCAAACGACAGUAUGACACGGAGCAAGGAACGGGGCACCAGAAUCAGGCAGAAGCUGUAGAGGAGAAAGACGAAGAAGACAAUGAACGAGCCAGGCGAGCAAGAGAUGCGGAGGCGCGUCGCAAGAAGCGAAGGGAGAAAUUGGCCCAGCUUGAGAGGAUCAAGAAAGAACUGGAAAAAAGUCAGAGGGAGUUACUUGGACGAGUAGACAAGGACACCGAAAUCCAUGAACGACCUCCAAAGGAAGCACGACCUGAGCGUUUCGAAACUGUUGGUGAAGACACACGCUCUAGUCCACGCCGCGAAGACAACCGUGAUGACAUUGCCACAGGAGGGCAGCUAUCUCCGGACCCCCUACCAGUCACUUCCCAAGCUCUUGAAGUAGCGCACCCGAAAGUGCCAACGAACAACGCACGCCUCCCCCUCCCACUCCAAUUGGGGGGCCAUACUUCCCAUCUAAAGCAUGGCAAUGCGGUCCAGUCUCUUCAAGCUCCCCCUUCAGUCGUAGUCCGCUCGGCGUCUAACGCUGUCCACGGGCAUGUACCUAAACCGACGGGUGCCACUGACAAUAUGGUUCUGCAACAACUUUCAGGCGCUCUCCAGGCUGAACAAACGAACCAUCUGCAAUCAAGCGAUGGGGUCCCGCCAUAUCCUAACGUUCCCUUGGAACAACCUACUCUUUCCAAUGGCCAGGUCAAUGGCGCAUCUUUCUUCUCGAACGAGGUUCCCGGCAGUCAGUAUCGAACACAUCGUCAAAUGACCAAGGGUUCGCCGAGUUCUAACCAUAGAAAAUCGAUACAAGUUGACGGUGAAAGUGGCCAUGCGCUUCGGACAUCAUCCAUUCAGAAUCCCCCGUCGCAAUCCCUGCUUCAGCAAAGCGCGGCAAACCAGAUUCGCGUAGCUGCUAUUGUUGACCAAGGAAUAUUACAGUCGUCCAGGAACACGAGUACUGUGGAUUUGCCUCUCAGGACAGGGCCAUAUGCCAUCGCAACGCACAACGGUUCUGGAGAACUCCAAGGCAGUAUCUCCCGGCACCAGGUCCGGAGCUCUGCCCUCGGGGUAUGCAACGACAAUAGUAGUCGAGAGUCCUUAGAACCGAGGAGGCGAAGGCUGUCGAAUGUCAUUGGAGUGACCUCUCAUUCGGGACCGCUGAGGUCGUCUCCGCGCAACCAGCUGGGUUCUGUGGGGGCUGCUGAUGUCCUUCCCCGUACUGAGAGUGACUUGAAACUCAGCGCAAACUCCCAUCCAAAGGCACCGUCAGCACUCAACCCUCAUUCAGCGAAUCCCGUCAACUCCACUGCCCACUGCCCCGCCAUCGACGCUCUCGACCCACAGUAUGGCACCGAAAUGACGCAAGGCUCAGCCUCAACAGCUCAUGCAAAUGUUCUCGGCGGACAGCGGCCAAAUCUCGAAAGCUGGAACACUAGAACCGUGGUACACCAGGCCGAAACUAGCACGGAAGCGAGUAACUGGAAUCGCCUUCCAAGUCAUGGCCUUGAAACGAAAGAAGACCCUACUCCUGGGGCGUCAUCAAGCCAACAAGGGCUGUUUUUGUCUUCUAACAGUCCUACUCCCAUCAAUCCAGUCGAGUCCACAAGGAUCGAUAACCGGACAUAUGUGGGUCUCUCGGUCCCAAGACCAGCUACCGCGCAGGGCUACCGUGCGCAAUCAAUGAAUCCAAUGUCCAUGCGACCGCCCCUCAGCAUGCGAACUGUAUCAAGGCAUUUUACAGACGCUGGUGAGCCUCCCAGUCACGGUGGAUACGACUUGCGUGUUCUCGCAACGCCGUUGGUGAAGAAUGGCCAACUUCCCGACCUCAGUUUGAAUUCCAAAGAAGUGGGGACCACCGAAGGAAUUGAGAAUAUUCCGCCCAAGAUGCACUCCAUGGGGGCCAAUCCAUCUCAUAAUGCCAAGUCUGCUGCACGGGGAGGCACGAUGAAUGCAUCCAGUGAAUCUCUUCCGAAAGAAACUGCGACAUCCUCGUCAAAAGAAGCCAAGUCCACCUUUCGUCGCAUCCAAGAUAUGGAGAUCAAUCGUCAUCACCGCCAGCACGGUGGAGCAAUCGCAAUCCAUGACCAGCAACUUGCCCAAGGCCCUCCUUCUAACCUCGAUAAUCUCGACACGCUUGCAGGCAACCCUACCCUCAACGAGACCCAUUUGGAACGGGGGAGCUUUAAGCACGCUUUACCCAUUCAAUAUCGCACCAGGGAUUCUGCGGCAGCCUCGGAUGAGGAAAGGAAAAAUCGCCAGAAGUCGUUUGGGGAGAAAAAAGAUCUCAUACCGUCGCAAGGCCAAGGUUCUCAGCGCCAUGCAACAGCCUCCGCAUCUCAGUACCAGGAACAACCAGGUUCAUCCAACCGUUCGCUCCCUGCUCCGCCGCCUUCAGUUCGGCCUCCCUUGAUGCAAUUGCCCUCCAUGAUCGAACCAUCAAGUGCACCUCCCAGUUCAGCUCAUCCGCAUCACGUUCAGGGGCCUCCUGUCCGCUCCCUAUCGACAAUGGUCCCUCCACCUUCUAUUCGCACCUCUCCGAUGCAACUUCCAUCUGUAGACCAGCCGUCAACGGGACCUCCACCCUCAGUGCGACCACCUUUAAUGCGACUCCCUCCACCAAGUCAUCCUUCGAUACCACCACCUUCUGUCCGACCUCCUCCAAUGGAGUUACCAUCCGUGGAUCAACCCUCGAUGACACCUCCACCUUCCACCCGACCUCCUCUAGCGCAACUACCUGUGACAAGUCACCCCGUCCUAUCCCACCUAUCUACCAAUCACCUAGCAUCAGUUCAAUCAUUGGUCGGAGGCCAAAUUCCUGUUACGCGACAUCCAUCGAUGCAAUUAACCCCUUCUAUUCCCUUACCUGCAGAGACGGGCAACGACAGAGGCCAUGGAGCAAUUGAUACAGCCCACAAGAAUACCGAGCCGCAGCCUAGCCUUCGACCUGUUCAUGCUUCUGCGCGUCCGAGUGUCGUCCCACUUCCAACCGCCGCCUCUGUUCCCUUUACUCGACGUGAUGACAAAGCGAAGCGAAUAGCAGAGGAGGUUGGCUCCACUACUUUGCCUGUACGUUACAGUAGCCAUCUUUAUGACGCCAGACAGGCCUCCAGCAUGAUUCCAGUUCCGGGCUCCACUCGUCCUCAUCUGGUGGACCUUCCUUCCUCCGCCAAUGAGCCACAAAGCCGACAACACCCGUAUGAUCUGAAGACGAUGAAACAUGGCAGGUCGGAUUACCGCUUUCCCACCAAUACAACUGUACCUGGCUCCGUCCGCCCUCCCUUCGUUCCCCUUCCUUCUAGGGAUGAUGAAAACCCAACCAGGCGCCCCGCGAGUCAUUACCAAUCCGAUGUUCCGACUUCCGCUCCUCCUACUGUCCAGCGCCACGCUAUUCCGAGAAACCCACAAGAAGCUGAUUCUUCGGGAAGGACAGCACCCCCGAACCAGCUCUCUUCGCAGUCCUCCCGCCACAAGCACUCGUCUUCGUUCCCAGCCACCAUCCCUCAUCCGCCUGCUUCAAUUGACCCACGUUCAUCUGGACAACCACAUCGAUCUGGUCAUACAAUUGUCCCGGGAACCACGCGCCAAGCGCCCAUUCCUCUCCCCGCGCGGUCAUACGAGACCAUUCAUCAAACAGGCAACGAAGGCGACGAGACUAUACUGAUGACGCCUUCAUCACUCGCGCCGAUGAUGCUUGCCUCCAAUUCUCAGCAGUCGUUCACUCGCUCCAUUGUCCCUCUCCGUGACUCUCCUCCGGAAUUCGUAAACGAGCUGGUGAGUUCUGGGUUCAAGGCAGAACGGCAACCAUCCACAGCCCCUUCAAGGCAUCCGGAACCACAGAUAGAUCCUAAGCCAUCGAAGGUCAUUGACGAUCGCGAGCACCCUCCCAAACCUUCCAAGCGGAGGCAUCGCCCGAAGGUUGAGACAGAGGAACGCCAUGGGUCACGGGCUGUUCCCAUCCAUGGAAGUACCGAGGACCUGCAGCAACAGAAGCCAGUAUUCACGCCCUUUCGGUACUUGGAACGGGCCAGAAAACAGCAGCUCAAACGUACGAUGUCCCAGGCUUCUCUGGAGGCACGAGAUGGAAAUGGCGCCCCAAGCACCGUCGUGGGUUCUCCGAGCGUGUCGAUAUGUAGUACCGCCCCUUUCCAAUUACCGCCAACCCAAGAUCCCCUUGCCGCAGCCGAAGAGUGGAGGAAUAAGGAGGAAGCUAAGUUCCAAGAGAGUAAGAAGAACCGACGCCCGAGACCUGGCGUCGUCAUCGGGGUGGCGGAAGAUCCAGGCGAAGAUAGCAAACCUUCGCGCCGUCCAAAGAGGACCAGAGACCGCAGGCGGCCCACUUCAAAUCGACCUGAAACUAGUGCACGAUAA